AUGGAUGCUCUGGAGCACAUUACAGGAAAAACUCUUCAUGGAACUGAUGUGCCGCGUCUUUCAGAUGAGUUGCAGUCACAUUUAUUCAAUCAACUUGCAGAAAUCUACCUCCAGCUCUAUCAACAGCAAUUUGACCAUAUUGGUGCUUUCACACUCAAUAGCAAUGAUGAGAAUUGGAUUUUUGAACACAAUCAGCCGCUCACUAUUGAGCUAAAUGAUCAAGAACUCAGUGACAUGAAGGGUUCUGAGAUUAUGCCUCCCAAGCGGACCUAUUCUUCUACUAUUAAUUAUAUGUUCACUAUUCUGAAAUUGAUUUUCAAUGACUUUCACCGCGGGAAAGAUAGUGUUUUCAAUGAAGAGGAUGCAUGGAACUAUCUAUAUGGUAUAUUUGCUUCCCAAGGCAUUGUAAUGGAAUGA